AACAUCGUCACCCCCAUAUGUGUCUUUGCACCACCACCAUCAUUAAUCAAUUAUAUACAUUCAAUAUCUGACGGAUUUCACUACCAUCGGCCUCAUUUAUACGGGAGGGGCAUCCCAAUCAAGGCCGACCUCUGCGAAUUUCCAUUCAGCUGAUUCGUUCCCAUAUCGUAAGACCACUGCAGUACAGAGCGAGGAUUUUCGGAAACCAACAUGUAAUAUGAUACCUACCACCACACGCCAGAACAAAUCCGCCACCAGGAAAUUUUUGGUUCCUCCUGUAAAGGUGGCAUGUUUAGAAUGGUAACGUGAUUCUUAUCAAGAUUCUGAGAAGAUGUUUACCAACAUAAUGCAGUCGUGGUGCACGUACUCGAUGCAAUGGUAAAGAACCAUGUGCAAAUGUAAGUGAUUCUUGGGGACAUAGGAAAUACAAUACUCAUUUCCAUUAGUGCGCCAGUCGUGGUUGUGAUUGCGUCUAUACGGCGAGUAAGAGAGGUGGUGCAAGAAGACGCAAGAAACAUGCCGGUAGUGAAGGGCGUAUAGAGCAAUCACCACCAAAUGAGCUCCGUAUGUUAGCAAGCCAUUUCCAAAGUAUUAUGCUAAUGUGACAUCAGUUACUGGUCCAGCUCCAGUAGUUUCAUUGGCCACCCCUGGUGCUGGUCUUCAUCAAAAAGAUGAGCAACUGGACUUUGAUAUGGAUUUUGACUUUGAUCCAAAUUUUCUGGGUAAUUCUGAGCCUCUGACUAUAAACAAUGGUUCCUUACCACAGCCCAUAUUCGAAGAUACCUCUGAAAAUGAAGUUGAAACCCCUGUAUUAAGAACUUACGCGAACGAUGAGGACAUGUAAGUUCAUGCCAGCCUAGGUGGUUACGUCGAUAUAUUACUAACUGAAUUUUGACGCGAUAGCUUGAGCGCAUAUUAUGUUUACAUUCAUCCGUAUUUUCCUGUUCUUCCACCUCCUUUUUUGCAUCAGGCUAUUGAUAAUUUCGAAACCGGAGUGCGAGGAACAAACGACAUUUUAUUUCAUAGCAAGAGCAAUCCACAGUUCCAGUCUGCUUCCCCGAUGACUCUUGCAAUCUCCACACUCCUUGCACUAAUCCCACAUCCCGAUGAUCCGAACCCCACAUCCCCCGAAUCUAUUCUACUACGUCGAAAUCAAGCACAAGUCUUCGCCCAGUUGGCCAUUGAUGGUGUUGAGCUUGAGAAUGAGAUGAUAGAGUCUAUAUUGGAUCCUGGAGAGGCUCUAAGCACACAAGAUAUGCACAUAUAUCGUACACAAAUUCACCCUCAAGUGAGGUUGGAAGUAGAAAGUACAGUCGCCUUGCUAUUGCUCUGUACUUAUGAGUACUCUGAACGAGGAAAUAUUUCAAAGAUGCGAAAAAGAUGCGGGCAAGCUUUGAUAUCUGCUAUGGACUUAGGAUUGCAUUCAAAAAAUGAAGAGGUUUAUGAUUAUGCAGAAUCAGACAGACGAAUAUGGUGGAUGACGGUAUGAUUCUGACUUAUAAUCUAUGUUUAUCUUCAGCUAUAGCUUCUAAUGCUAACUUGUCGGGAAGUAUGUCUGCGUCUGUCAAGGUUCCAUCCUUAGUUGCAUGGUACGUAUUAGUCUGAAAUUUUUUGUUAUUCCAUGUUUUGACCAAGUUAAACAGGCACCCUCCAUUCUUCUUUCCGAUCCAAGAUUUACGACGCCACUUCCUGCUUUUGCGUCUGAUCCGGAUGUAAGUGCAAAUGCACAAUUCCACUAGAUUUAUAGCAAACUAAGAGCAUCAAAUCUAGGUUUGGAGCGUUUUUCUCGAAGCACAAAGAGUCAUUGCCACAGCAACGCAAUUUGUGAUUGAUCUUGAAGCAUCCUUAAAAUUGGAAUCUCACAAUCUGACACUUUGGGCGCAAAUGGCAGAAUUAGAAAAGACCAUUGAGCCUCUGGUUCAAGAGGCAGAAAAGUGGUCCUGUCCAAACGCAGAUGGGAUGGAUCUCUCCGAAAGAGUCGUCGCGAAAAGCCUGCGGAUGAUGACGCGCAUCAAGCUGAAUAGGUACGUCCUUAGAUUCUCUUCAGUACCAUAACCAUUGACAAUUGUGGAAGUGCGAGAAUCAAGAUCCAUCGAUAUUGCGCAUUCUCUGACAUGCCAGUUUUCACAAAGAAGCAUUGUGACUUAUCUUCCAACCCUACCGCUGGAUAUAACUCGCCCCCUUCUACCUGUGGUUGCAGCAACAACCUACAGCAGGCCACGGCCAGUUUAUCAUUAAGCCACGGUAUCCUUAAUUCGCCCAUACCAGAUAACGCUUCUGUUUUUGACUCUCCAAUCUUGCCAUUCAGCAGUCGGUUUUCUUCAAAAGUAUGCAUGCAGUCCGCAUUUAAUAUUGCCCAAUCAUUCCACGCUUUGCCAUUUCCACAACCUUUUGAUCCGAGGAAUCCUUCUUAUCAGGCUGAGACUAAGAAAUUGAACAAUCCUCCUCGCAUGAUGCCCAUAUUUGCAUGUUGUGCUAUGCAGAGUAGCUACGCUAUGAUUAUGCUUUGUCACAAGACUCUUGCAAUCAAGCAAGCCAGCCCCUUUGAAGAUGGACUUAGGAAGCGAACCGACAAAUUAUUGCUUCAGCUGCACGAGGGUGUGAAGAUGAUUUUAGAUGCCUUGGAGAAUUAUUCAAUGGCAAAUGAGGCUUUGACGGGAAUGCGAGGUAAAUUCAUAAGUUAUGAAAAUUCUGAAAAUAUGCUGACGAGAAAUAUCUUAAAGACCAAAUACGUAUGGCCGUGGAAUCUGUCGCGGCUACCCAAGAACAAUUCUCGAACUUGCUAUCAGUGGGCGCUUAACAUACAUAUACUUGAAGCUUAGGGAUGAACACAAGUUAGGCUUGUGCCUGUUGAAUUUCGAACGUUGGCAAUUUUUAAUUAUUGUACCCGGUCUGCACAUACAAUUCAUUGAGAGAUUUGUGCCCCCAGGUUGAAAGGUUGCAGGCUAUGAAUGAUUUACGCUCGACCAUAUAUCAAAUUACUAUCUAUACUAGGAAAAUUGUCAAAAAUGAAGGACUUUGGCUGUUUUAACGGAAAUCUGCUAUAACGCGAUAUGUAUGUGACAGCACGUGAUAUAAGAUUAUAGGUUACUUGGUGGCAUUAGUAAUUUAUCCGGGUUGGAAAAGCAAGUAUGUGCAUGUUUGGGGCGGCAACAUGCAUGUUCUUCUUUCACCGAGUACGAUAUUAUGUCGAAUGAUUUGGAUAUUGCGUGAGUGGCUGCAUUCUGUCUACAGAACAUGUUCGUGUGGCUUGUAAUCGCUUUUGGUGGAAAAACAUGUAUUAUAUUACAUGUAUUGCUAGGCAACACGGAUGGGUAACAUUUAAAGUAUAA